AUGUUCACUGCAAAGACAGUCCUGAUGCUCGUCAUGCUCCUCACCCUCUCUCCACACUCUGAUUCAGCCCCUUACGCUCCGUCUGAGUGCUGCUUCCAGUACAUAAAGAAUCCUCUCCGGCUGGCAAACCUGAAGGGCUUCUACGCAACUCCCAAGGAGUGUUUUUCCCCAGCAAUUGUGUUUGAGACCAAGAAUGGGACCAAGGUCUGCGCAAACCCAAAGGUGACCUGGGUGCAGAAAACAGUUGAGAGGCUUCUAAAAAGGAAAGGAGUUCAUGCCCCAUGA